CACAGGAGACAGCUGCAGUAGUCUUUGCUAGCUAGCUUGCUAGCAAGUAUAAUGUUUACAAACUACAGACACAGAGAGAACAGAUGCCUCCAUUCGUUCAAAUCAUAGAAGCCUAACUUAUGAGAGCAGCAGUCAUGGACAUGCUCAACAAACUGACGAACCUGUUUCAACAGGCAUUGGAAACGAGGGAGCCAACAGUGAAUUUACUGGACUCAUUUGUUGACCACUGGAAGGGGAUAACGAAUUACUACAUCGAAACAACAGAUGAGUCCCGUCCGGUGAGGCAGACAGACAUCCCCUGGCGCCUGAAGCAGAUGCUGGACAUCCUGGUGUACGAGGAGCAGCAGCAGGAGCUGGAGGAGACGGGCCCCUGUCUGGAGUACCUGCUGCAACACAAGAUACUGGAGACGCUAUGCACCCUGGGAAAGGCACAGUACCCCCCUGGUAUGAGUCAGCAGGUUCUGCUCUUCUUCUCCAAGGUGCUCUCUCAGGUGCAGAAGCCCCUCCUCCACAUCAUCAACGUCUAUCGGCCGGUGCAGAAACUAAUCCGCCUGUGUGGCCUACCACAUGCCCAGACGGAGAAGGAGGAGGCCCUUUUCCUGCUCUCUGUUUGCAACAGAGUGAAGAAAGACCCCUAUGUGCUCAACUACAUCUUGGAGGUACAACCAGAGGCCACUCGGUCUAGCUCUAGCACUACCUCUGAUGACCCCCCUGCUACUGCUGCUGCUGCUGCUGCUUCAGAGGGAGCCAGCUCUUCCCCCAGCCCCUCAUCUCAUGACCCCCCUCCUGUCCCCCAGGCCACCUCGGGCCUAGUUCACAUCCUCCUGCACCUCAGUAAAAGCCAGAAGAGUCGUGUUCGUCAGAGGAGCCUGGAGAGUGUGCUGCUGCUGGCCACUCUGCCUGGCCAGGAGAGCGGCAUGCUGUUGGCUGCCCACACCCCCCUCUGUGAGCUGCUGGUGCAACGGCUCUGCCAGCUCUACUCCCUCAUCCCCUCCACCCUCGACCCCGUAGACGUGCAAAGCUUCCCUCUCACCACGUGGAGGGAGCAGUUCACCAAGGCUACGAGUGAGGAAGAAAAACAACCAGACCCUGACACGGAGCACCUGACCAGCUUUGUUUGCUGGCUAGACUACUGCCAGGACCUGCUCAUCCACGCACCAAAGAACUUAACUGUGAAGUUGGCCAAAGAGAUUCACCACCAGUGGCUUACAGGGACGCUGCAGCCUCAGCUUCUGCAGAUGUCUGAGGCAGGCAUCUUACUACAUACGGCUCUGCUGUCAUGCUGCGUCCGCCACACACACUCCCCCAUGCUCCUGUCCGAGCUGGUGCCUUUCCUGCUGGGCAGCGGGACACAACCCGAACGGCACGCGGACACACACACGGACUCUCACACCACCCUGCGCUACAAGCUCAUCCAGCACUGUGACCACAUCUCAGACGAGAUCAGCGUGGCUACGUUGCGCCUGUUCGAGGAGCUCUUGCAGAAGCCAGAGCCGAGCAUCAUGGGUAACCUGGUGCUACGGAACCUGGCCAAGCGCGCCUACACCUCACCCUCCACCGGAGCGGGGGGCGGAGCCGGAGACGAGAGGCACGGAGACGAGAGGCACGUAGCCGACGUGGACACACUGGACGAGUCCGAGGAGCUCGAGGAGGACCCCUUCUUCUCCGAUAGUGAGUUUGGGGCCGGUGGGGAGCCUCUGCUGAGUCUGCCCAGGCGGCCAGAGGAGUCCAGCUCCUCCUCCUCCUCCUCUCACACACAGCUGGCCGAGACUGUCAACAGUUUCCUGUGUUUAGUUCCCCAAGAGGCCAAGUCGUCUCAUCACGUCCAGGGGGCAGGAUAUGACACGUACGUCCACGAUGCCCACAAGAUGUUCAACGAGUGCACAGCGUUGUCUUUGGACUGGGGUUGGCCAGACGCAGUCGCCGAUGACUCCUCCCCUACCUCAGAGUUCUACGAAGGACACUUCCUCCAGGUGCUGUUUGACAGAAUCGCCAGGAUACUGGAACAGCCUUAUGAGCUGAACCUCCAGGUGACGUCAGUGUUGUCCAGGCUGGCUGCGUUCCCCCACCCUCACCUGCAUGAGUACCUGCUGGACCCCUACAUCAGCCUCACCCCGGGAGCACGCUCACUCUUCUCCACGCUGGUCAGGGUGAUUGGGGAGCUCAUGCAGAGGAUCCAGCACAUCCCCAACUUCACAGACAAGCUGGUGCACGUGAGGCAAGAGCUGAUGGGGCUGGGGGAGGAGACCAUGACGGACCAGGUGGUGCUGCUGAGGGGCGUGAUAGUGCUGGAGGAGUUCUGCAAAGAGCUGGCGGCCAUUGCCUUCGUCAAACUUCCCAUGGAAGAGGAGAAAUGAUGGAACACUGCCAUUAGUUCUAGAAUGCAAUAUUGUUCCCUGACGUGAGGGAGAACUCCCAAAUUGCAAGGGAUUGUGUUAUACGGAACUUGCAAUAUUCCCUGUAAGAUGGACCUCGCUCCAACACAGUCAUAGGGAGUGAGUGUCGAAACAGAACUAGCAAUAUUAUUCCCAGUCAGAUGGAACUGACAGAUUCAAGGGAUUGUUAAAACAGAACUCGUAAUAGUAUGCCCUGGCAAAGGCGACUCAAAAAACAUUGGGAUUAUCACACAGACCGACCCCCGGGGCUCUCACUAGGCCCGGAGAGAAGAGAGGAGCAUUGAGAACAUUUCUGUGCCUUGAAGACUACUGAUAUGGUACUGUACUUGGAUGAGGAGUCACGAAUGUUUGAUUUUCGCUUGACCAUUUUUGACAUUUAUGUCAAAUUUGCAAGGACAAAAAAAGGACACACACGAAAGGAUAACAGGUUUUGGGUAACCUGGACUUCCACAUCACUUUGUUGCACAGCAUUGUAUAAACCUUUAGAGAGCAAUAGUACCGUGACUUCAAGUUCCCUCCACCAAAAGGCAGAGAGAGACAUUUAGUAUUUUCGUUUUGUUUUAUUCUUCUUUCCUUUGUUUUCAUCAUUUGCAGUCAUACAGUUGAGUAGGUCAUGAAACAUCCCGCCCAGAAUAUGAACCGCAAUAGUCCUUUACCUCGCAUUGAGCUUUCUGUAGAUAAGCUACUGUUGAACUGCACAUGCAUCCCUCAGGGUUUGAACCCGUCUAAAAAAGUGACUUUAAGCCAUCGCACACUACCGUAAUCUGUCAGUUAUGUAUGCUUUUUAUUAUUAUUUCAUUAUGUGUAUUUGUGCAAAGAAAAAAAAAUCCUAUUUAUCUUAAAGUAUUGUUUUAUGCAUUUUAAUAAUUUAUACCUUAGGGCCUUCUAAUCAACUGCAUGUCUUUGCACAACAACGUUGGUCUUGCACCCAUUACAGUUAAAAUGCAGUCAUCAUCAUCAGCUACACACAUGGCAAAUAGAAUGUCUUAUGUACGCUUAAAAGGUAACUUCUGCCUAUUUCGACAUGCAGUUGUAAUGCUUACACUACCCUGGACUGUCAGUACCUGAGAAUUUUUUCAGCCUUUUCUGAGGUCCUGGUCAUUGUAAUGGGGCCAGAGUUUGUUAACAUUUUUAAAAAUCUUGAUUUAUUCCCAAUAACAUCCAAAAGGUUAUGCAACAUCAGCAGACAACCAGCAAACGGCAAUACCUUUUGGGAUAAUAUUUGGAGUUGGUCUAUGUAAAGAAUGUUUUUAAUGUAAACAAAGUCUGCCCCCUUAAGAAUAUCUCAAAUCUCGGAAAGGGCUGAGCCGAAAAAUGCAGCAUCACCGGGUACUGACAAGUCAAGGGUAGCGUGAGCAAUACAACAGCAUAUUCAAAUUGGCAGAAGUUAUGCUUUAAAAUGCAGUCAUCAUCAGCUACGCACAUGGCAAACGGAUUGUCUAUUAUGUACGCUCAAGAGAAGCUUUAGAUGUUGUAAGAUGUAAGCCUUCCUUUUUCUACCUACCUUCCACGUCUGUGGUUUGUUUAUGAAAAGUGAUGCUCACUGUUGUUGCCUCUGCUCUUUCUACUGUGUCGAGACAUUAAACUCCUCCAGGAGAUUUGA